GACCCAGCUUGCGCGAGGACAUUGCUGUGUUCGACGAGUGGUCCGGUGGUGGUGUUGCACUAGCGAGCGUACGUCGUUCGUGCGCAUGCGUUACGUGUACGUCCCCCGCGGCCCGAGCGCCGGAUAUAUGCGCAUGCGCAAAUCGCACUUAUCUCGCGGAGCAGAAGUGGGUGGAAGAGAAGCUGCAACAGCAAUGAGUGGUUCAACAAGUGAAGGGAAGGGAACUAUCCAAACGAAAGAAAUGGAUAGACAAACGAACUGUAACCCUACAACAGGUAAUGAAAGACAGCGCGGCGGGUUUUCCACCAGCAACCUACUGCUAGUCGCAACUAUCGUGACUGUACUGCUGGCGUCGCUCGCCCCCACCGUCAAGGAAAGCCUUCUUUCAGUCGUCGACUCCUUCACCUACAUGGAGGCCUACAUGGGAGACGGGAUACUCAUUGGAGACUCGGAAACCAAUUUCCCGUUCUCCACCGUAAACUGGACAAUCACCCAGGUACCUACGUACGGAAACUCUCGACACACGGUGUCCAUCUUUGCCGUUCCCGAGCGAGUCGCUCGCCGACACAUUUAUCAGUUCAAGUCAAACCACACCUCUGAUGGGUGUUAUGAACCAGUAAUACGGAAUUAUCAGUCGGUACGAGGUCGUACAUUUACCUCUUGCCUCAGAGAUACCUGAAACACAGUCAGUUUGAAGACAGCGAGGCACACUUUGAGUAUGAGUUUCUUCCGUGUCAUAACAAGCGAAACAUGCAACCUCUUAGGACGUACCAGUUUCAGAGCCGCGAAUUUUUCUCUGAUUUUAUCGACGGCGAACCGAGAUCAGAAAAAUAGAGCCGUGGGUUGCAACUGCAUGCUAACAGCCGAUCAAAUCGAGGAAAAAUGCCCAAAAAACAAUCGGAAAUGUGUCGAAAAACUCAACAAAGACGUCGGUUGUUCUGAAAAUUGCCUACAACCAGGGCACAAUAACUUUACGUCGGAUACCAGCUCUUACAAUUUUUUCUCCAUCCAGGUUCCAAAGAACACCAUGGUACGGUAUCACAUCAACGUUGAGAUGUACUUUUACAAUCAUACCAUGCUCGGAAAGUACUACAUAUGCACCAUAAGGGGAACCGACGCCUGCCCAUUUCAAACUUCUGGCUACAUGAACAACCUUCCUUUCAAGCAAAAGGAAAGACACCUAAUCAUUGCUUACGUCCACCCCACCAGUUUGCCUGGGUUUUUCACGACACGACUUCUGGUGGAAGCAAAGAUGCAAGUCGACUAUAUCACCACUAUCGCGUUCCUGUGCGCCUGCGUAGUGUUCUUCAUUAUAAAACACUGCCUACAAGGAACGUUUGGAUGCUGCAAAAUGUUAUAUAGCUAGUGGAAGUAGGGAAAGUGUUUGUAGCUAGUUGUAUAUAGUAAAAGUGUGUGAAUUACUCCAAUUUUUUGCACUCAACGACUGUUCAAUUGUUUAGCAACUCUAUAGAUGUACGUAUAAUAUACUACGAAAUGUGAUUAUUGUUGAGUAGAGGUUAUCUACCCUGGUUUUCCCCUGCCAAUACUAAAUAAGGUGAUAGUGAAUAUUAUGU